AAUUUUCACUUAGUCUGAGGUCUGAGUCCGAUCGGCGGCUGAGGCUCUCUCAAAAAAACAAACGUUGCCCAUUCUUUGCGCCGACUCUGUGUUCGGUACGUGCGCGAGAUCGGAUCCAAUAUCUAUUGUCAUCUGCCUAAUCCGUGAUCUGUGAUCCGUGAGUCGCGUCGAUUAUGAUUUUUGAAAAUACAUAGAACGUUUCCUUUUUUAUAGUUUUGGUGUUGUUUUUUGUGUGUUUAUCCGAGAAAAGUGGCGCCGAAAUCUAAUUUCCGUUUUUAUUUGAAUUGUGAAAUAGCCUACGUAAAACCGCCUCUCUUUGUUUUGUUGUUGUUGUGUUGUGAAAGAGUAACAGAAGCUCGAGACCGAAACUGAAACCCCAAAAGCCGUCAACAGAGAGCAUUCUGUAUUCCUACCUGACAUCAUUAUCAUCGCCGUCGUCUCCAUCGUCGUUGCUGUCUCUCUCUGCUUUGUCGCCGAUUCGUCGUUGUCCGUUGUCGGCUUUGUUUGCGGUUAAAAUAUUUGCGGGCUUCAUCUACAGCAGCGCCGCAUUCAGAAUUGGAUUCGAAAUCUUGGGGCUCGAAUUCGGAUUUGGAUUUGUGGACUCGAUUGAUCUCGAACCUAGCCAGGACUUUGGAACACCUGGACUCUGUAGACCCCGGAUAACAGAUUAGCCUGAAUCUACGCGGGCGUAUAAUGCGAUCGCUGCCAUGCUGCUGAGACACCGCCUGGACAACGGCUAAGGGCUAAGAGGAGGAGACUUCAAAUAGCGAAAGGAGCCUACCAAAAGGCGACACACAACAUUCGACGCACAAGGAUGCCGAGCCUUGGCCUGACCACGCUGCUCUUUCUGUGGCUGGUCCUGGAGGCAGAGGCAGAUCCCAACGGAUCAUUCGUAGUUGAAGAAGCAACCACAAGCAUCAGUCCCAGUACCAGUCUCUUUGGCAUCCACACGGACGAGCUGAUGACAGGGCAGGGGGAGCUGGUGGUGCCACGGCGCGUAUACCCCGACGGCGCCUUCAUGACGCACUCUCUGGAGUAUGCUCACGAUCGGGAUCACCGCCGUCAUCGACAGCGCCGUGGCCUGGAGGAUCAGGAGCAGGAUGAGGCGGAUCUGCAUCUGCAGCUGCCACUGCAAAAUGAGACGCUGCACCUGGAGCUCACACCCCACAACUACUUUCUGGCCCCCCAUUUGGUGGUGGAGCGACACCGUCGGGACCUGCGCACGCGCUCGUCCCUGUCCGAGAAUCAUUUGAACUGCCACUUUCACGGCAAGGUGCGGGGCCAGCCGUCGUCCAAUGUGGCCAUCUCUACCUGCUCGGGGCUGGCAGGUCACAUACGGACUGCCAGCAAUGAGUACUUCAUCGAGCCCUCCAAGCAGCAUGAGCCGCAUCCAGAGCACGGUCAUCCGCAUGUGAUGUUUCAGCGAUCCUCCGUAAAGCCCAAGCAACAGCCUGGAAGAAAAGAAAACAAUCGACAAAGAGGAGGAGGAGGAGAAGGAGCUGUGGCAGGCUUAGCGAUCAGCAAUUGCGGCACUCGAGAGCCCAGACGGCGCAUGGAGACCCGAUUGGAGUGGCAGGCCAGGGGCAAGGUGAAGAUCCAGGGGGGGCGUCAGAUACGUCGCCAUCACCACGCACACGGACAUCGGGGGCGCCAGCAACAGCAGCUCCAUCGCCGGCAGCAUCGUCGCCAUCGCCACCACCAGCCGCCGCACACGAAAUUCAAGUACGAGACGCACUCCCAGGGUCAGGGACAGGGGCACAAGCAGAAGCGCUCCAUAAGCAGCCCUAGACAUGUGGAAACGCUUAUUGUGGCCGAUGCCACAAUGACAGCCUUCCACAAGGACCUCAAUGGCUAUCUGCUGACGAUCAUGAACAUGGUAUCGGCGCUGUACAAAGAUCCCAGUAUCGGCAACUCCAUUGAGAUUGUUGUGGUGCGCAUCAUACGGCUGGACGAGGAAGAGUCCGAACAGCAGCUAAAUCUCACACAGAAUGCUCAGAAGAAUCUCGAUCGUUUUUGCAGCUGGCAGCACAAGCUGAACAAAGGAAGCGAAAAGGAUCCGCACCAUCACGAUGUCGCCAUUCUGAUUACGAGGAAGAACAUUUGCGCCAACAACUGCAUGACCCUAGGCCUGGCUAACGUUGGAGGGAUGUGCAAGCCAAAGCAGUCGUGCAGCGUCAAUGAGGACAAUGGCAUCAUGCUGGCCCACACGAUCACCCACGAACUAGGGCACAACUUUGGCAUGUUCCAUGACACGGCCAAGAUCGGCUGCCAUCCCCGGGUGGGGCCCAUUGUCCAUAUCAUGACGCCUACCUUUGGAGCGGACACGCUGCAGGUUUGCUGGUCAAACUGCAGCCGCAAGUACAUAACGCAUUUCCUCGACCAGGGCCUAGGCGAGUGCCUCGACGAUCCGCCAACGCCGCUGGACGAGUACAACUAUACGGGCGAACUGCCCGGGGCGAGAUACAAUGCACGCGGCCAGUGUCGGAUGCAGUUCAACCUGACCACCGACAGCGAGGUGGGCGCCUGCUCCGCCCCGCAUGAGUUCUGCUCGACGCUGUGGUGCCGCGUGAACGGCGAGUGCGUGACCAAUAUGCGGCCCACGGCGCCUGGUACCAGCUGCGGACGGAACAAGUGGUGCCAGAACGGCAAGUGUGUGCGCCGCGAGGAGCUGGCGGCCGUCAACGGAGGCUGGGGCAACUGGAGCGAGUGGAGCGAGUGCUCGCGCAGCUGCGGGGGUGGCGUUUCCACGCAGCAACGGGAAUGCGACUCCCCGGUGCCGGCCAACGGUGGCGUAUUCUGUAUUGGGGAGCGUAAACGGUACAAGAUCUGCCGCAAGCGGCUCUGUCCAGAGCAGGAGCCGAGCUUCCGGGCCCAGCAGUGCGCGCGCUACGACAACGUUAGCUACCAGGGGGCGACCUACAAGUGGCUGCCCUUCUUCGACAAAAAAAACCCCUGUCGACUGUUCUGCAGCGAUGUGGACGACACGAUCAUCGCCAACUGGGGUGAGACGGUGCUGGACGGAACGCCCUGCACACUGGGGACCAACAACAUGUGCAUCGACGGCAUCUGCAAGAAAGUUGGUUGCGAUUGGAUCGUUGACUCGGACAUGCAGGACGAUCGUUGCGGUGUCUGUGGCGGUGGUGGCGAUCAGUGCAAACCAGUGAGGGACACCUACGAGGAGCCGUUUAGCGCCAAAGAUGGUGCCUACGUAGAGAUUGUCAGCAUACCGUCACGCGCCCGCCACAUUCUCAUCAGGGAGCAGGCCAACUCGCCCCACUUCCUUGCCAUCGGCAUGUCCCAGAGUCCAGAGAAGUUCUACCUGAAUGGCGACAGCCUGAUCUCCAUGCCCGGCGAAUUCGAGAUCGCCGGCGCCGAGAGCCUCUACGAUCGCAUAGACGAGCAGGAGACCAUCAAAAUACCUCAGCCCAUACAGCAUUCCAUAUCGGUUUACGCGAUCGUUCGCGGCAACGAAAGCAAUGCAGGCAUCUACUAUGAGUUCACGCUGCCCCCGUUUAAUGCUAGCGCUGGACGACAAUAUCUUUGGCGCCUGAGCAACUGGACCGUAUGCUCGGCCAGCUGCGGUGGAGGUGUCCAGCAUCGGGAACCAAUUUGCCUCGAUAAUGGCAAGGUGCUUAUCGACAAGUUGCCGUGCUGGACGCAUGCGAAGAACAAGCGGCCGCUCCGCCAGACACGCUCCUGUUCAGAGCAGCAGUGUCCGGCCCACUGGUGGCCGGGUCCCUGGCAGUUCUGUCCGCUCACCUGCCAACAGCCGGGUGCCCCAAUGCCACAGCGGCGGCGCUCGAUCGUGUGCCUGGACCAGCAUGAUGUGGUCGUGGCCGAUAACCAGUGCGGCCUCCUGAUACGUCCCCCGGAAACGGAGCCCUGCGGGGCAUCGCUGCCCGAGUGCCGCCCCAAUCCCCGGGAGUGAUCGAAGGAUUGAAGGAUAUUUAUUGCUAUCUAAUAGACCGAAACGGGAACAUUACGAGUACGAUUACGAGUAAAAAUACAACAUAUUUAUUUAGCGAGUAAGCAUUUCGAUGGUCGGUAAAAAUCGACUAUUAUAUAUGUUCUUUCUCUACGCGCAAGCGUCUAUCAAGGGAGUGUCUCGAUCAACGAAACAAAUAUCGAUAGAGUGGCGAUCGACUGCUUCCUUGGGUAUCGCGAACGUCGGACAUAUAAAGAUGUACUUAACUUAUGAUACACGCACACACAAAAAAAACAAAUAAAAUAUAAUUUAGUAGUAAUUCUUAA